AUGAAGUAUAGAGAAAAUCUGAUUCAAGAAAAGCCUCUUGGUCUCUCAGUGUGUACAGUGCAUAAAAGGGAAACUGCAUUUUUGGGCUUUGUAAAAGAUGAGAGUGAGAAUCAAGUGUAUGACUCCGAGUCCAGUUCGAUCAUCAAGUUGAAUAAUGCCACCAUUUUGUAUCUGAAAGAAGUCAACAAAUUCUUGGCACUAGUCUGUAUCCUGAGGGAAGGAAAUUUUGACAGACAAGGUAUUAUUGAUUACAAUUUCCUGUGCUUCAAGAAAGCAAUUGAAGAGGUGUUUGAGGUACGACUACAAACGCAAGCUAUUGAUGUCGGAAGCAGCGCCAUGCAUUCUCCGAUUGAGAGCGUGAUGCUGGACAACCCUCAAACCAACGGCAUAGGAACUGUCUCGAAAUCAUCAUGACAGGAAUUGGAUUGUAAUCUGGUGAUAUGAACAACUGAUAUUUGAGAAGACAGCUAAUUAAGAAAUGAAGUUCAGUUAGUACACAUACAGUAAUGUCCACAAAUGUUCAACAUUAGAAGAAUCAGUCCAACAUGUUUAUUAUGUUAAAUCCCACAAUUAGGCAAGAUUUUAUUUAUAAAAGGUCUUCAGAAGAGGGUGGCUGGGAAAAUUUAAUAUAAUUUACUUUUUAUUGAUGUGAAAUGUACAAUUUCACAUCAUUUUUACAAUGGGGAUGCACUAAUAAGCCAAAUAUAAUUUAAUACAAUUAAUGGGAAUGUGGCGGGUUUGCAAAACUAGGUAUAAAAAGUUUUGCCUAAUUGUAUUCUACACAGUCAGUGAGUGUCUCAACAUUUUGCAUAGAUAAUCAGAAGAUUCCCAUUGGCAUUUAAGGGGGACUGUGUAGAGUUUAUGCUUUAUCAUUUGAUCCAGGUACUGGAACUUUACAUGUUUGACCAAAUGUGGACCUGGAUGUUAAAAUGCCUUAUGAAAUUGAAUGAUCUCAUUUUCAGUAAGUAUAGAAAGAGGAUUACCAACUUACUAUUAAAAACAACCACAUGCAGAGUAAGAAGGGGAAAGUAAGAAACUUCCUAAUAGAUGGUCUUGAGAUGGGUCUGGUUUUUGGCAGAUACUCGAAAAAAAGCUUUACUAUUCUAGGGAUCUUAGAUAAUAUUCUAGGGACACUUGGACAAUAUUUUUGUAUUACCCAUUUUGCACAUUUCUACCAGAGGCAUAAAUUAAACUACUGUAUUUGAUGGCACUUUAUUGAUAACUCUUUAUUAAUGAACUGCUAUUGAAAGUAAAUUGGUGAAUAAAAAUCUAAUGCUUCAUCAAUGAAUAUUCUAUUUGAGAUUCAAUGAUCUCUCAUAAUACUUAACAUCCAUCAUAGUUUUCAUUGGGGAAGAUCUUUGUGUAGCCUGCCAUAGCUUCCUGUAAUUAAUAAAAGUAUAUUGGGUUAAUUAAAAUGGCUGUUUCAUGAGCUACUGUAGAAUAUUAUAAGUGUACACCUGUUGUGAAAUGUACUUUCUUAAUUACAAAGCAUGUAUAGAUGUAUGAUAAGUCUGACACAAGAUGGAUAUAAGAGUAUAAUUUAACCAGCCAUAGAAGGAUGAAAUGUUUAACUCUGAGCCAACCAAUAACAUGCUAGUAGCUUGUGUAACAUCCCGUUUUAACAAAGUUAUUUUUAUUCAACAUUUUUUCAAUAGUAUGAGCCUAGCUGUAAAAAAAAAUUGUUUAUGACAUGUUUUCUAGAAAUUAAGGGAAAUUAAUGAAUUAUGCAUUAGAAUAAUUUUGAAUUUACACUUUAAAACAAGUGAUAGCUUAAGUCUGCUUGUAAGCUGAUUGUAUAUCAUGUAUUAUGGUAUGCAUGAUACAUGUCUAAAAUGUGCAUUUGUUUUCAUUGUAAUAUAAUUUAGUAUCUUAUUCUAUGUAUAAAUAAGGUGUAUUUUGUUACUGAAGCAUAUUUCAAGAAAAUUUAAUCUUAAAAAUUGUGAAAAAUCUGUUUAUCAAUGUGCAUCCACAAGAAAUAUGAGAAUAAGAUGAGCGGAGCAAGGUGCUCUUUUAUUGAUAGAAUUUGUAAUUCUAUAAUUCAAACCAUUCUAUGAACAUGCUUUAUUAUUGUUUGAUAUAAAAGAUAAUUCAGAGUAUGUUUUGUAUGUCACAUGGAACCUCUUGACAUACAUGUGAGAAAAUCAAUACCUUUACAUAUGCAACCGGCAUAGAUGGAUAAAAGCAUACCAAAAUUGGCAAAGUCAAACAUUGAAUAUUAACAGACUCGAAAGGAUGCAUCUGAUUUAAUGUCUAACUCGACAUGCUUGAUAUACCAGGCGUAAUAUUUGAAUCAGUUUAUAGUUAAUGGUACUGCAGGCAGGAAUAUUUUGCAACAUAAUGAUUUAUGAAUGAAAAGAUAUGAAUUGAAUUCAGUUUGGUCCCAAAUGCACUUUCUUGAAUGCUGUGACAUUUGAUAUGUUAUUAUUUUUCUAUAUAUAUUAUUGUUAUUAUUCAUUUACUGCAAUAGAUAAUGAACAAUGAUAUACCAAGAGGUAUAAGAUUGCUAUAUGAUUCAAGAAACAGGAGUCAUACAUUUCAGAAUCCUUUGGUUCUUAUUAAAAUUAUUGAAUAAUAAACAUUUUAUCAUUAUUAUUAUUAAUAUUAAUAUUACUAAUAUUUAUAUAAAACUUUAUGAAAAAAAAAGUUACCUUUUCAGAGUUGAUAGACAUAGUAUGUAACUUAUUUAAUUCUGUUAAUUGUGCAACCCUGUGUUUCAUUAACAUAUUUUGGAGGGUUUUAGAGUUUUUAGCCACAGCGAGUGUAUCUUUGUUUGUAGAUCCUUUAAGCCGAACAACCCUUACAGUAAAAUUGACAAAUACGGGUUCUUGUCCUUGUCGCAAUUGCUAAACAACUCCACUUGGUGAAUUUCAGGUGACAGAAUGAUGAAAGAUCUUUCACAGCAUUUCCUUUCCCUGUCUAUCUUUGAACUUAAAAUACUCAAUAUUUCAUAGUUUGUAUCAAAACAGCCAUUUGCAGAAAAUGUUAAUUUACACUAUGAGGACAAAUACCCGACCAAAUAAUUCCUCCCGUGGCAAAGUACAAAUGUCAAAAUGUUUUCGAGACUCAAAGAUUGUUAAUUGACAAUUAAUUCUUUCAUUAGAUUUUGGAUGACUAAUACAACAACGAAGACACUUUCUUUAUUAGAUUCAGGAUAAUUACAAUGUUAUUCAGGAUAAAUACAAUGUUAAGUGCCAAUUCACUGUAUGAGAAAAGAUGUCUAAAUGAGUGAAUUAAAUCUAGUGUAUCUAUUAAAAAUAACUGAGUUUGGUCGGUGUUGUAGUAGUUAACAAUGACAGAAAAAAGCAGGACGAAUUAAAUUCAAUUAGUAGUGACUAAAUAUUUAAAAUUCAUAAAAUCUAAAUAUUUUUUUGUAGUGUUUUUGUUAUUCUUUUCCAAUAUUGAUGAUAUACGGUACUCAAUGUGUUGAUAAACUUAAACAAUAAAUUCAACAUCUGAAUUGCAUACUUUGUAGAUUUAAGUAAUUUGUUAGUUUUAAAUUGAAGAUGCGAGCAAGAAAAUAUAUUCCUUACCAAUGAUGCAGACACAGAAAUAAUUCCGUUAUUCUAAGCAUGCAGACUCUAUUGACUGACUGUAAAAUCUCUAAAACUGUGUUUUGAACCAUUUCUCAUUGGAAGUUGAAACACUAUUUUAUUAGGAUUUGUUAGAUUUUUCCACAAGUAGUAUAUCUUGACAUAGAAGUCGGUGGGGUAGAAAUAAAUUUUGUUGCUUUAUUGUUUAUGUUGUCUCAGAUUCUACUUGAGGUAGUUUCAUGUUUAAUAUUAAAAGACUUUUCUUAGUCAAAAACUGUAA